AUGAGUGAACAUAAGAAUAUAUAUCGGACACUCGACUCUUCGGGGAAUAACCUGUUGCAUCUAGCUGCAAGAUUGGAACCAUCCAACAAAUUAAAUCUUAUAUCGGGUGCAGCUUUACAGAUACAACGAGAACUACAAUGGUUUAAGGAAGUGGAAAGAUUCAUUUGUCCUCUAAGCAUCAUGCAAAAGAACUCUUUCAAUGAAACACCACAAACGGUAUUUACUAGAGAACACAAGGAGUUGGUGAUUGAAGGAGAAAAAUGGAUGAAGUCCACUGCAGAGUCCUACACGAUCACAGCUGCAUUAAUCAUUACCAUUGUGUUUGCAGCAGCAAUUAUAGUGCCAGGAGGAAGCAAUCAGGACACUGGGAUACCAGUUUUUACCAAUAGCACCGCCUUCACAGUAUUUGCAAUAUCAGAUGCCAUAUCAUUGUUCGCAGCUGUUACUUCAUUGUUAAUGUUUUUGUCGAUUCUCACUGCAUGUUUCGCUGAACAAGACUUUCUCUUAAAGUUGCCUACAAAGUUAAUAAUUGGUUUGGCUACAUUGUUCAUCUCAACCACAGCCAUGAUAAUAGCUUUUGCUGCAACAUUGUACCUCGUGUUUGGCAAUAGGAACUCAAGAUUUCUUAUUCCUAUAGCUGUCUUGACAUGCCUACCAAUUACUUCUUUUGUAACCCUGCAGCUCCCUCUCGUCCUAGACUUGAUGAGUGCCACAUAUGGUCGUAGUAUUUUUGGGAAUAUAUCGACCCUUCGAAAGAGGCAAUGUCGACCUCGAUUUCUAUUCCAUCUGAUACAGAGCAUUAACAUGAGUCCCGAGUGUGAUGGAAAUAAAGUUCUUGUUUCUCAACAGGUCCUAAUCUUCUUGAAGUAUAUUACUACUACAUAUAUGAUCAAAUAUGUACUCACUACUCCACAAUAA